CUCCCCGCAGCGAGUGCCCGGUCCCCUCCCGCCGCAGCCCUCCCGUAGCCCGGAUUUCACUCCCAUGGCAAAGCCGGCCCUGCAGGAAUUGGUGCUAUGACAGGCAAACUACUGGAGAAGCUGCCGGGGACCAUGAACACUUUGAUGAACCAAUUGCCUGACAAUCUGUACCCAGAGGAGAUCCCCAACUCUUUGAAUAUCUUCUCCAGCACCAGCGACUCGGUGGCUCACUACAACCAGAUGGCUGCAGAUAAUGUUAUGGACAUUGGCUUAGCGAACGAAAAGGCCGGUCAGGAACUGUCCUCCUACUCGGGCACUUUUCAACCCGCCCCGGGCAACAAGACUGUCACCUACCUGGGGAAAUUCGCUUUCGACUCGCCCUCCAACUGGUGCCAGGACAACAUCAUCAGCCUGAUGAGCGCCGGCAUCCUGGGGGUGCCGCCGUCCUCGGGCGCGCUCACCAGCACGCAGAGCUCGGCGGGCAGCAUGGGGCCGCCGCAGGGCGAGGUGGACCAGAUGUACCCCGCGCUGCCGCCCUACUCCUCCUGCAGUGACCUCUACCCAGAGCCCGUCUCCUUCCACGACCCCCAGAGCAACCCCGGCCUCACCUACUCCCCCCAGGAUUACCAGGCGGCCAAGCCCGCCUUGGACAGCAACCUCUUCCCCAUGAUCCCAGACUAUAACCUCUACCACCACCCCAACGACAUGGGCACCAUCACGGAGCACAAACCCUUCCAGAGCUUGGACCCCAUCCGCGUCAACCCGCCCCCCAUCACCCCGCUGGAGACCAUCAAGGCCUUCAAGGACAAGCAGAUCCACCCGGGUUUCGGGGGGCUGCCGCAGCCGCCCCUCACCCUCAAGCCCAUCCGACCCCGCAAGUACCCCAACCGGCCCAGCAAGACGCCGCUCCACGAGCGGCCCCACGCCUGCCCCGCCGAGGGCUGCGACCGCCGCUUCUCCCGCUCCGACGAGCUCACCCGCCACCUCCGCAUCCACACGGGCCACAAGCCCUUCCAGUGCCGCAUCUGCAUGCGGAGCUUCAGCCGCAGCGACCACCUCACCACCCACAUCCGCACCCACACCGGCGAGAAGCCCUUCGCCUGCGAGUUCUGCGGCCGCAAGUUCGCCCGCUCCGACGAGCGCAAGCGGCACGCCAAGAUCCACCUCAAGCAGAAGGAGAAGAAGGCCGAGAAGGGCUCGGGCGGGCAGCCCCCCGCCGCGCCCCCCGCCGCCGCUGCCGCCACCACCUCGCCCCCCGUCGCCCUCGCCCCCGCCGUCACCACGUGCGCUUGA